GGGAGCUUUAGGACCUGCCCGGUGUUGCCAGAGCUGGGAUCGUGUUCAGAGCCAGUGCUGGAGCUGUCCCUCAGCCUGGCGCCGGCGGCUGUCACUGGGACAUAGCCUGCCCUGUUCCAAGCCUCAGGCAGCAUGAGGAGGCUCCGGGUGAAUGCUGCCGCGCUGCUAACUCUCGCCUGGAUCCUGGGCAUGUUCUACUUCUGGUGGCAGGACAGCAGGGCCAAGGGCCAGGGCCAGCGGCAGGGUAGCGAGCCCCGGAGUCCCGGUGCUCUGAGGCACGGCGUUGGCAGCAGCAGCAGGCUGCAGGAGGUGACCAAGGCUGUGUGGCUCGAUGGGGGUCAUGCUCAGACCUUUGACGAGAAGGCCUACCUUUCGAGCAAGCCGCUGAAGCCUGGGGAUGAUCCUUACGGACGCCAUGCCUUCAACCAGCAGGAGAGUGACCGGCUCCCCAGUGACCGAGCAAUCCGGGACACCAGGCAUUACAGGUGCUCCUCUCUUCAGUACAGCCAGGACUUACCGGUCACCAGUGUCAUCAUCACCUUCCAUAAUGAAGCUCGCUCCACACUGCUCCGCACUGUGAAAAGCAUUCUGAACCGCAGUCCCCCGAAACUCAUCCAGGAAAUCAUUCUCGUCGAUGACUUCAGCAGUGACCCCGAGGACUGUGAACUCCUAAUGAAGAUUCCCAAAGUUAAAUGUUUGAGAAACACAAAGAGGGAAGGCCUGAUCCGGUCUCGGGUGAAGGGAGCAGAUGCCUCGACUGCAGAGGUCCUGACCUUCCUUGACAGUCAUUGCGAGGUGAACACGGACUGGCUGCAACCCCUCUUACAAAGAGUGAAAGAGGAUUACACCCGCAUAGCGAGUCCCAUCAUCGAUGUCAUAAGCCUAGACAACUUUGCUUACCUGGCAGCAUCUGCGGACCUGAGAGGAGGGUUUGACUGGAGUUUGCAUUUUAAAUGGGAGCAGAUGCCUAUUGAACAGAAAAUGGUGCGGUCUGACCCGACUGAAUCAAUACGGACCCCAGUUAUUGCUGGAGGGAUAUUUGUCAUCAAUAAGUCCUGGUUCAACCACCUUGGGAAAUAUGACACGCAGAUGGACAUUUGGGGUGGUGAAAACUUUGAGCUAUCUUUCCGUGUGUGGAUGUGUGGAGGAAGUUUGGAGAUUGUCCCGUGCAGUCGUGUGGGACACGUCUUCCGUAAGCGGCACCCAUACAACUUCCCUGAGGGCAAUGCACUCACUUACAUAAGGAAUACCAAACGUACAGUGGAAGUGUGGAUGGAUGACUAUAAACAGUACUACUACGAAGCCAGGCCGUCUGCUGUGGGAAGGCACUAUGGAAAUGUUGCAGAUCGAGUUCAGCUGCGGAAGAAGCUACAGUGCAAAUCUUUCCAGUGGUACCUACAAAAUGUCUACUCUGAGCUCAGAAUUCCAGAAAAGCAGACAUCUGAAACAGUUGUGCUGAGACAGAGGGGAAAGUGUAUGCAAUCUCAGGCCCCUUACAAGACAGAUGAUUUCAUCAUUGGCCUGGGGCAGUGCACAGAGACCAUAAGCAGCAUCCCCUACAACCAGGAAUGGGUGUUUUCCGGAGCAUUGAUCAAGCAGCAGGACAAGUGCAUGGCGAUUACAAACUUCUCCAUAGCUUCCCAAGUUAUACUCGAACCAUGUAAUCAGGAGGAUGGCAGACAGAAAUGGAAGCUGAAGGGGUUGGCCAUCCAACAGCUGAUAACUGGCGCCUGCCUGGACAGCGAAUCUGAGAGGGUGGGGACCACCACCUGUCACCCUGAGCUUGGCAGUCAGCAGUGGGAGAGGCUGCAGGUCACGUGACACUACACACCAACCCCACCCCCCCUCCAUUCACCCCAUAAGGAUGUCAGAGACAUGGGCAUGGGGUGGGAUUCAAAUGUAUGUAAAUAUAGUCUCCCUUGCCCCAUCCCCACUCCCACCACCGGACAGAGGUAACGUGAAGAAAUCAUCAGAGAGCUGCACAGUUGCUGGCUAAAGACAACUGAGAAGGAACAAUUGGACCAGAAACUCAACAUGACUCAGUAGAGAUGCUGCUGGAGCUAUCCAAAGGCACAAUCUUGCAAAAACAGAUGACAUCCCACCUUUUUCUCCAAGACCAAGCUCUUUUUCGCUUCAUUCCCAUAACAGUUCUCCUGUCAGUUGAUUAGCAGAUGUACCCUUCAUUGACUUGGCUUCCCUUUAGAGCUGGGCUCAGGUAGAGAUUGCCCAGUUGCUUUACUGAUCACAUGACUUACUGCCACCAACAGCUCAGACCCAGGACUCCCACCAUUGGUCCCCCCCUCACUGAUGGUGCCCCACCUCCCCACACUGAUUGGACAGCAAACAGAUUCUUCACAAGAUUGGCAGUCAGGAAUAGUCCAGUCAAGUGGCCAUCUCUCACCCUCAAAGCUCAACUCCAGUAUGAAACUGUAAAUAAUACGAUAACCGUCUUUUUAAAUGCCUGUGUAAUUUGUAGAAAUAUGGAAAAGUGUAGAUGUGGCCAAACGUCAGUGUCAGUCGUAAAACGGGCUGUCCAGUGUGUAUCACUGUUUAUCUAGCUUGGUCCAUAGCUCUGUAGAUGACUGCACUUUAACUUUGUGACCAUCUUCUCAAGGGACGAAGGAUUUUGCUGUACCACCCGUUUAGGCAGUGACCCUUAGGCUCCAGUCAUUCUGAGGGUGAAACUAAAGUUAUUCUUUAAUGUUCUUCCAAUUUUUUGCUAAUGGAUUUAAAUUUAUGCCCACAUCAACCCUGGUUGUUGACUUCUCUGAAAAGGAACAUAGGUCCUCCUUCCCAAUUGAUCCAGACCUCUUAAUUCUAUGCACUCACUUAAAUGUCUCCUCAGCUUCUCCUCCUCCAAAUGACGAAAGCUAAGUUCUGGCCAGUCUUUCGUCAAACUGUUUCCGUCAAUAUUAAAUCAACUGGUGAAUCUCUACAUUCAUGUUAGUCAGAUCACUCUUUCCCAUAUGUUGUGAGCAGAACUCUACACAGUAACCAAGUUACAGUAUAAAUAGUGUUUUAUUAUGGUUGGUCUAUAUCCUCCCUGUUUCCAAAUUCCAGGCCUGAACGAUUAAAAGGAAGCAUUCCUUGUGCAUAUGGAACAUAAUGUGGGGAAAUGUGAGGUUAUACAUUUUGGUAGGAAGAAUAGAGGAACAGAAUAUUCAAAUGGAAAACAUUUGCAGAAAGCUACAGUACAGACAGAUUUGGGAAUCCUUGUCCAUGAAUCUGUCAAUGCUAGCACCCAAGUUCAGCUGGUAAUAGGGAAGGCAAAUGGACUGCUGGCCUUUAUUUCAAAGAGAGUGAAGUAUGAAAGUAGGAUUUGCUGAAACUAGACAAGGCAUUAGUCAGACCCCAGCUGGAAUAUUGUGAACAGUUUUGGAUUGACGAUAAUCAGAGCAGCCAUGAUCUCAUUGAAUUGCAAGGCAGACUGAAUGUGUCUGAAUGGUGUACUUCUGCUCCCACAUCUUAUGGUCUUACCUUAUCAUUUUGUACUGCUAGUGUUGGGAGCGGGGGGUGCGCAGUUGUGUAGGCAGACAAUCCAAGUUCCUCUGGUCCUUUACGUGUCUUGGAGUCUUGCCAUUUGUUAUGCAUUGCUCUGCCUUGUUUGGCUUCUCCAAAUACAUUAUAAAACAUAGAACACUACAGCGCAGUACAGGCCCUUCAGCUCUUGAUGUUGCGCCGACCUGUGAAACUAAACUGAAGCCCAUCCAACCUACAGUAUUCCAUUAUUAUCCAUAUGUUUAUCCAAUGACCAUUUAAAUGCCCUUGAAGUUGUGUGACAGUUCACUACAUUGAAUUUUAUUUUUGCUCUUUUCUGCUGACCUGACCAGCACAGCAGAAAAUACCAAACAUCCACUGCCUCUCCCCGCUCCCCCCAAUGCCACCUGACCCCAGGACUCCUCUUGAUGACCACCUUUUGGUUUUCAGAGGCUACAACAUUCUCACUGUCUCCAGUCAUUUCAUAAUAUUCUUUCAAUAUUCAUGUUCACAUAUAGCUUUUUGGACUCAUGCAGGAACAUCAAUAUCCUCAAUAAUUGUCAACCCCAUUAAAUUGAAAGCCACUACACGAUGGAAAAACAUUUAUGCUUGUGGUCUUGUGCCAGGAAAUCAAUUAGCAAUGAAAGGUUUUUGUUUCAAAAUAACUGACCCAUACUUCUAUCGUGUAUCCCCUUACUCCCCCUGUGACUAUACUGUACUCAGCCUCUCCCUGUGGGAGCAAGUUCCACACACUUGGCCACUCUCUGGGUGAAAACGUUUCUCCCGAGUCACAUUCUCUGAAUAUUCUCCCCAAUCUCUGGGUGAAGAUGCUUCUCCUGAGUUCCCUGUUGAUUUCUUGGUGAUUGUCUUAUUUUUGACUUGCUGCCCCCUUACCCCACCGCCAUAGUCACUGUAUCUAAAAUUAUUAAAUGUUUUCAUUGAGCAAAGAUCUUUAAACUGUUUUCCCUCAGCCACAUCUUUAAAACAAAUUAAAGCUCCAGUCUGUUUGUGCCUAAAGUGUACAAUUAGAAUCAGAAUCCCUACAGUGUGCAAACAGGACCUUCGGCCCAACAAGUCCACACUGAACCUCAGAGCAUCCCACCCAGACCCAUCCCCUAUAACCCACCUAAUCCACACCUCCCUGAACACUAUGGGAAAUUUUGCAUGGCCAAUCUACCUACCCUACACAUCUUUGGACUGUGAGAGGAAACUGAAGACCCGGAGGAAACCCACGUGGAUGUGGGGAGAAUGUGCAAACUCCACAUAGGGAGUCACCCGAGGCUGGAAUCGAACCUGGGUGUGAGGCAGCAGUGCUAACCACUGUGCCGCUCAUUUUUGUCCACGUCCUCUCGAGUGAGUUUACUCCCUGCACCGUACAGUGUGACAGCUUCAAAAAGCCUUUCCACUUUUCAAGCAUAUCCUUCCAUAGAAAUCCUACCCCCAUUCCCCAUUCAAACUCAGAGCUGUCUUACUGACAUUCUGAACACAAUGGUUUGCUAAAUUGAGUCUAGCACUGGCCCCCUCUCAAUGGGUUGCAUCAUACUUGUCAAAAACACAAUCUUCCUGAACACCUCUGAAGAAUUCCACGCCUCAUGUUCAUUCUUUUCACAUUGAUUCUAUCCCAGUUCCGUAGUGUAGCAGAAAUUUCUGUUGCUUUUUUGUUUCCCAACUUAUUCCCAAGCUAAACUAGUUACAGCUGUCUGUGCUUGGCCUAUGUCCCUCCAACCCUUUCCUAUUCAUGAACUUAUCCAAAUGUCUUUUAAACAUUAUAACUGCAUCUCCAUCUACCACUUCCUCUGGAAGUUCAUUCUGUGCUUUGUGUAAAAAAAAAAUUGCUCCUCAUGCCUUUUAAAUGAUUGUCCUCUCAGCUUAAAAAUAUGACUCCCAUUUUGAACUACCCCACCCUGGGGAAAAGACCUUUGCUAUUCACCUUAUCUAUGCCACUCAUGCUUGUAUAAACCUGAAUAAGGUCAUCACUCAGCCUCCUAAGCUCCAAGUGAAAUAAGUCCCAGUCUUUUCAGUCUAUUUUUAUAUCUCUCACCCUCCAUUCCGAGCAACAUCCUGAAUUUCCCUUCAGAUUUACUCUUCUAUCCACCUCCGAGUGUACUGGGAUCUAUCAUAUGCUCCCUGCCAGGCGAAUGCUUAAUUGACAGUCCCUGUAUGGGCUGUAUGGUCUCAUUUGAUGAUCCUUACACCUAUUCUUCCCCACAGCUGUGGUUCUUUCUCACAACACCUUUUUUUGUAUCCCCUAUCUAUCCCAACUCUCAACCCUGUCACCAAGAUUGUCAAUUGCUCAUCCUUCGGUCAUGACAAAACCACACUUGCAAGUGCCUACCUGUGGCCCUCAGCCUCAUCUGCUUACUCACUUGACUCUUUAUUUUGGAAUACACACCACUAAUCUUCAAAUGGCUUUUAUUAACUGUCCAUUUUGUAGCCUUUGCCUCCCCUUCCUCUGACCAGCUAGUCCUGCGGCAGCACUAGCAAUCACCCCCAGCAAAGCUAUCUAUUGAGAGUGAAUCUAUCCACCUGUUCAAGGAGGAGUUAUAUCUAUUUUUUGGAGCUAGAGAAGUCAAAGAGUAUGGGGAAGAAAGUGGGAACAGGGGAUUGAGUUGGACAAUCAGCCAUGAUCACGUUGAAUGGCAGAGCAGGUUCGAAGGGCUGAAUGGCCUACUCCUGUUAGUAUUCUGUGUUUCUCUGUUGGAAUGUAUAGCCCUCCCUCCUGCCACAUCUCUCCAACCACCUAUUUAGCAGUUCUAUCCUUCUCAAUGGUGUGUGACAUUGGGAGUAAUCUACAGAGAAGAACUUUGGAGGACCCUGCUUUCUAAUUUAUUUCUUGACUUGUUAAAAGUUUGUCUUCAGAGCCUCAUCCCUUUUGCCACCUCUUAGCAUUGGGAGCAAUGGCUGCUCACACAGCAUAGUGGCAUCCUUGAGCGCACACUAGGGAGGAAAUUCACACAUUUUGACACUGGAAGUGGGCACAGAAAAUGCUGGAAAUACUCAGCACAUCAGACAGUAAACGUGGGGGAGAGGACUUAAUAAAACUUCUUUUUAAAGGCAAAUAAAAUCAUUAGAAGUAAGACCAGGAGAAAGCCCUUGAGCUUAUGCCGUUCAAUACAUUUGUGGCUAACCGUACUGCCUAUCCCCAUAACCACUGACUUCCUUAAAUCGUUCUGUCUCAGCCUUGAAUAUAGCCAGUGGCCCAGUCUCCUUUGUUCUCUGGGGAGGUCAAACACUGACAACUAACAAGAUGGGAGUAGGCCAGUCAGCCCUCCAAGCCUGCUCCACUAUUUAGUAAGAGAGUGACCAAUCUCUUUGUGUUUUGAAUUCCAUUUUUCCUAUUAUACCCCUGAUAAAUUAACUCUGUUUCUCCUGCCAAAGGUGCUUCCUGACCUGUUGGGUAUUUUCAACAAGUUUCUGUUUUUAAUUCGUGGCUUCAAUUUUUGUUUUGUGACACUGUCCAUGAGCAUAAUUUUCAUACCUUGGGCAUUCUGGGGUAGUAACCAUAAUGAGAGGGUGAAGAAGUGGAGUUCUAGGUAAAGGCAGUACAAAACCCCUUCAGCACUGGUGUUUACACAGUACUAGUUAGUUGGUUCCUGUGAACAAUAGACAUGCCUGUGAUUGUUUUUGGUAAAUUUGAAACUGAACAGGGGUGAGAUCAUGGCUGGACUUGAGAACAUUUUUGAAAAUCAAUUGAGAAACUUCCACAAUUUGUACCAUCCCAGCAGUAAGCAGAAACCUAGAGUCUGGGUCACCAAGUAUCAGAUUAGUUAAAAUUAACAAUCCUUAAAAAAUCCCCAUGCAAUUCAGGCAGUCAAAACCACCACAAAACGGGGUCUUCGUUUAUUUUUCCAAAGAUAAAUGGACUUUUAUUUUUCUGUUUGUACUUCAGAGGACCUGUAGCUCAUUCAGCUGGACGGUCCAACUUGUCACAGUAAUUUAAAUACUAUUUCCAACUUGCUUAUAAUGAAAUAGGUGGGGUGGGGGAAUGGAGCAUAAAAACAUUAAAGGAUUCCAAAACAGUUAAUCACUUUUGCCAACUAAAUAAGAUUUAUUCCUUGUCACAUGGAACAGCUGUCCCGUGAACCUCCCUGUUUGAGUAACUAAAACUUACUUCUAAACAAUAGCACCUAGGGACAGGCAAUAAAAUGCUGGCCUGCCAGCGAUGGCCACGUCCCACAAGUGAGUAAAAAUAAAACACUUCCUUGAGUUUGCAGAAUCACAUAGCAUGGAAGGCCAUUCAGUCCUUUGAUAGUAUUAUCUAUUUCUGGCUCCAUUGCUCUUAACACAUAGGUCAUGCAUUCCUCCAGUUCCCUUUCGAAAAUUAUCAUUAAAUCUGCUUUCACUGCCCUUUCAAAUAGACACCAGCAUUUUAGGUCACUUCUAUGUGUCUGUCAGGCUGAGAGUGUGGAAGUGGUUAAUCACCUUGUUAAUAUUAUUUAGUGCUGCCCUGAAUUAAGUUUGAAACAAGAGCAUUGGAGAAGCUUUGAAUAGAUAGCUUCAAGAAGAAAUUUUACUAUUAAUUUUUCUCCCCCUGAGUGCUAUCUCUUACCUUUUACUGAUUGAGACAGAUUUUGUUCAGUAAGUUUCCAUCUAACAGGCAAAGUAAUAAUUCAAAAUCAGACCAGGAGCGGUACAGUUUAAUUCCCCCUGCUAAGGUUAAAGGAAUUUCUACAGCAGCUCUGAAACUUCCCUCAAGCUUCCUUCCUGGCAGUGUGAGCAAGUAGCAGCACCAGGUUCAGUUUGCAGUGUUGUAGGAGAACUCCAUCAUCGUCCGUAUGGGUCACCUUGGCUGGGUGAAUGUUGAUGAACUCCCAACUUCACAAUAUUCUGGGUGUACCUACACCAGAGAUACUGCAGCUGCUGAAGCACCAACCUUCUUGAGAGUAACUAGGGAUUGGUAAUAAAUGUUGACAUUACCAAUGAUGCCCAUGUACUAAGAAUGAAUAAAGAA